GAAUCAUCCUUGCUAAAGGAUAUUUUACAAGCAAAAUGUCACAUACCCCACUACCCUUCACAUUUCUCGAUGUGUUCACAGAAACACCAUUCAAAGGAAACCCGUUAGCAGUGGUGACGAUUCCCAUCGGCGUGACCUUGACACAAGCCCAGAAACAAGCUAUCGCCCGAGAAUUCAAUCUAUCCGAGACAGUCUUCGUGCACGAUGUAGAGAGUCCCGAGACAUCAACCGAACGGCGCUUCGAUAUCUUCACGCCAUUGACCGAGCUUCCCUUCGCCGGCCACCCGACCAUCGGCACUGCAGUAUUUCUAUACCCGCGUGGCGUACGUACUCUGCAUGCAAAGACAGGGCCUAUUGACAUCCAGACUGCCUCGAAUGGUGCUCUCCGGGCCGCUAUCCCGCACAAUGUCCGGUUGCACGAGAGGCGGCUACCCGGGCUCGAGCAACCGAGUGCGGUGUCGAGAUCGCGGCUUGAGAUUGCAGUCGCAGAGGCAGAGCGCGGAGCUCCGCUCUUCAGCAUAGUCAAGGGCAUGACCUUCGCGCUUGUAGAAUUGCCCUCGCUUGAAUUGCUAGGAGCAGUACGUGUUGGGGCGAUGCCGGAUUUGCCAGCGGACCUCUUGGAUGACGCUUGGCGGGAGGGAUGGGCCACGCGGCGUUAUUAUUUUGUCCGACUGGGCAGUGAAAGGAUUGGUGGAAAGACUAUACAUAAGAUCCGAACGAGAAUGGUGAAUCAGAGAGUGGAGGAUCCGGCUACGGGCAGUGCUGCAUGCGCUUUGUCGAGUUAUUUGAGUCUUCAUGUGUUGGACGAGGCAUCUAUGACGUUUGAGAUCACACAGGGAGUAGAGAUGGGCCGCGACAGCAACAUUGUCAUUGAUGUCGAGGUUAGUCAGGACACAGGGGAGAGGACAUUGGGGUCACUGCAUCUUGGGGGGAAGGCAAUUCCUGUUAUGAGCGGCUGCAUCACCAGUCGACCGUGAGCCUACGACAAGGUGCUUGCUUACCUGUCUUGGGAGUGGCCUCCCUAGCUAAACAUGUUACAUUACGCAGUCUUGUCCCAUUCUGAA